AUGGACGAUCAUCUCUCAACUUCUCCCUACAAUUUCCGUCGAACUCAAUCGUGUCGUGUCACUAACAAAAGUGAGUUUUUCGGCUUUGAAAAUCUGAAAAUCACGUGUUUUCAGUAUUUUUUGCUCUGAAAAAUUAUUAUUCUCAUUUUUCUUGUGCAUCUCAUUUGAUGAUGUAUAGAAAGCAAAAAAAAAAAAAAAAACCCAAACAAAAAAUUUUUCUAUUUUUUUUUCAUAAUAUUUCCUUUUCCGAUUCGAUUAAUUUUUUUGCGCAAAUUUUUUCGAAAAAAAAUUUUUCCCGCAAAAAUCCAUGAAUUUCUAACCAUUUUUUUCUGGGUGAACCAAAAAAUCCCGAAUUUUUCACCAGAAAAUGAUGAAAAAAUAUCGAAAAUAUGACAGAUCGUAUUCCAUGCAAGAUGGUGAGUUUUUCCCUGAAAAUUCCAAAAAUUUUCAAAAAAAAUUUUUCGCGGGCACCCGGGAUCGAACCUGUGACCUUCUGACUGCCAAAAUUUUGAAAUUUUUCUUGUUUUUGCAGGUUCGAGCUCGCUUUCAAGACGUGGAACUCAGAAGGGAUGUAGUAGGAGUAAAUCGACGCGUCGUGGAGGUAAGAUUAGGCCUGAAAUCGGGCCGGGCCUAAAAUUUGGCCUAAAAAAGCCUAGAAUGCCUGAAAUCUGAAAUUUUCAAAAUUUCAUUUUGUAUAGAAUUUCAAGAGCUUCAAAAUGAACCUAAAAUUGAUUUUUGAAAAUUUCAGAAAUUUAGCAUUUUCAGCUCAAAAUUGCUCAUUUUUUAUCAAAUUUUCAAGAUUUUUGCUCAAAAAUGAGCAAUUUUCAGCCAAAAUCUGAAAUUUUCAAAAAUUAAUUUUAGGCUCAUUUUGUAGAGAAUUUCAAGAGCUUUAAAAUGGACCUAAUUGUAAAAUUUAAAAAAAAUUGAAAAGUUCCGACCGGGUUUCGAACCCGGCACCUCUCGAACACCAGCAAAACACUCUACCACUGAGCUACCCACGCCUUUCUGGAAGCGCGUCAAAUUUCGUUGAAAAGCAGCUCGCCCCGAGCGUUGCGAGUGUAGACCGCGGAAGCUUGCGGAAACUCGCGGAAGCUCGCGGAAACCCCUUAAACACGUCAUUUCAUCCAAUUUUUGCUCUUUUAUGCUCUUUUCUGCCUGCCAUUUGUAAUUAAUUAGAAAAAGAAAAGUUGUGUCGCGACUUUUUUCGCGCGCAAAAAAAAAAUUUUUUUUUUUUUUGAAAAAUCGCCUAGCUUAUAUUUAGAGCUCUAGUAAUAGGCCUGAUUUAUUUCUUUUUUUUUUUUUGGAAAAAAAAUUUUUUUUGUUAUUUACGAAAUUUUUUCGCUGGAAUUUUUGAUGGCGUGGCAAAAAUUUUGGCGCCAAAAUAAAAUUUUAAAAAAAACGUGGCAAAAUUUCCUGUGAAAAUUUAAAUAUUCAAAUUUUGGCGCCAAAAUUUGAUCUACAGUAACCAUAGGCUUAUUGUAUAUCAAAAUGCUCUAAAUUUGGCGCCAAAUUCAAAUUUUUCAUAGAAAAUCGCGCAUUUUCUCUGCGUCUCUCACUCUCUCGUUGUUUUACGAGAGUAGUAAGAGUAGAGCAAAAAAAAAAUUAAUUUUUUCCUCCCAUUUUUCUUCCCCAAGCCAUUAAAAAACUUCAUGAAUUCCUAAUUUUCAUCUCAUUUUUGCUCAUUUUUCUGUGUGCUCAUUUUGUGCUCUUCAGAGAAAAUGUCACAAAAAUCGAGUCUGGUUCAACAACAAUGGGGUACGGUAGUUUUUGGCGCGAAAAAUCUGAAAAAAUUGCUCAUUUUUGAGCAAAAAUCUUGAAAAUUUGAUGAAAAAUGAGCAAUUUUGAGCUGAAAAUGCUCAUUUUCAGCCAAAAUCUGAAAUUUUCAAAAAUUAAUUUCAGGCUCAUUUUGAAGCUCUUGAAAUUCUCUACAAAAUGAGCCUAAAAUUGAAUUUUGAAAAUUUUCAGAUUUUGGCUGAAAAUUGAGCAUUUCCAGCUCAAAAUGGCUCAUUUUUCAUCAAAUUUUCAGCCAAAAAUCCCAAAUUUCAGGAGCAGUUGGUACAAUUUCGUCGCUAAGUUUUGGUCAAAAACAAGCCCUAACAACUUCGUGGAAAAUCCUGAAAUCUCAAAGCUCCGCAGUUUUUCGAAAAAUUUUCCUGGAGCUCGAAAUUGCGUCGCCGAAAGUGAAGCAGGUGAGCAAAAAUUUGAAUUUCGCGCCAAAAUUGGAGCAUUUUGAUAUACAAUAAGCCUGGGGUUACUGUAGAUUAAAUUUUCCCGCCAAAAUUUGAUCUACAAUAACCCUAGGCUGAAAAUGAACCCAGAAACCUCAAAAAUCGAUGUUUUUACCCCAAACCCUUUGAAAAUUCAAAUUUCCCGCCAAAAUUUACCCCGGGAAAUUGAAAAAUUCAAAUUUUACGUUGAAAAUUGGCAAAUGCGCUCUAUUGAGAAUUUGGCGGAUUUUUGAAAAAUUCAAAUUUUUUUUUUUAAAUUUUCUACAGUACUCCUAGGCUUACUGUAUAUCAAAAUGCUCCAAAUUUUGAGCCAAAUUCAAAAAAAUUUUCAGAUUUUCUAUAAAGCCGCUCUGGUCGACGCCUUCAACAAAGAAGAGGACAAUCGAGCCACUUUGGAUGUGCAUUUGAAACUUUUGACAAGGUAGAUCAAAUUUUCGCGCGAAAAUUCGAAAAUUUCGUGAAAUUUCGCGUUUUUUGACACCAAACACCAUGUUUUCAGUCAAAAUUCCAGAAAAAUCUGAAAAUUUCCAGAUUUUUCGACGAAAUUCUCACGAGUUUCGACGACGAAGAGGAAUGUAUGCGAAAAAUUCGUCAAAUCGGCUCGGCGCACGCCGUUUUGAAUCGAAGUUGUAGUUUUACGAGUGAUAUUUGGGAAAAAUUGGGCGAGAUUGCGAUGGAGCGCGUUUGCACGCACGAGAGUGUUCAGGUAGGGAGUUGGGGCUCUUUUUUUCGGGCUCAGAAGGUCGUGGGGAGCAUUUUGAGCCCAAACAUGACGUGUUUUGGAGAAUUUUGAAAAUCGGGACCUCUAAGCCACGCCCACUUUUCUGUGCCGCUAGUUGUAUCAAUUUUUAGAGUUCAAAAUUGCUCACACCGUGUUCCUGAGAGUUUUCUGAGCAUUUUGAGCCCAAACAUGACGUGUUUUCUAGAAUUUUGAAAAUUGGAACCCCUAAGCCACGCCCACUUUUCUGUGCCGCACUCUGGGUUCAUUUUCAGGGCUCAAAAUUGCUCAGAUCGUUUUUCUAGAGGUUUCUGGAGCAUUUUGAGCCCAAGAAUCAUAUAUUUAGGAGAAUUUUGAAAAAAAGUACCUAAGGGACCCCUAAGCCACGCCCACUUUUCUGUGCCGCGAGUUGUAUCAGUUUUUAGAGCUCAAAAUUGCUCAGAUCAUGUUCAGGAGGGGUUUCUGAGCAUUUUGAGCCCAAGAAUCAUAUAUUUUGGAGAAUUUUGAUAAAAAAAAGUACCUAAGGGACCCCUAAGCCACGCCCACUUUUCUGUGCCGCACUCUGGGUUCAUUUUCAGAGCUCAAAAAUAAUCAGACUAUGUUUCCCAGGGUUUUCCGAGAAUUUUGAGCCCAAGAAUGACAAAUUUUAGAUCAAAAAUUUUCAAAAACUCAAGCCCCGCCCCUUUUUGCAACCCUGGCACACCUUUUUUUUGCUUGCAGAAAACUCGAGAAGCUUCAAGAGCCUGGCGAACUUUUAUCGCAAUUAUAAUCGACGAAAUUCGCGGUGGUUUUGAAGGCGAAUUACGUCAGCAAAGGUGGGUCAAAAGUUUUGGCGCCAAAAAAAAAUUUUUUGGCGCGAAAAUUUGAAAUUCAAAAAUUUUUUCUCAGAAGUUUGAGUCAAAAACGUGGCAAUUUCGUGUUGAAUCGCAGGUUUUUAUCGAUUUUUUGUUGAAAUUUUUGAUUUUUUCUACUAACAUCUUUGAUUUUCAGCCAAAAAAAUCUGAAAUUCCAGAAAAAUCUGAAAUUUUCCAGAAAAUCCUCUUCAACUGAUCAAAUCGAUUUGGUUAAGAAUACAGAAGAGGAAGAGGAGGAUUUGAGGGUCAAGUUACAGCAACUUCGCAUGGAUUUUAAUAAUACUCUACCGUAUUCUUGA